GAAUAAAAUGUUGUUUAAUAAAACAAACACAGAUACUCAUUAUGAUAAAUUAGUAUUAUUAUUUUGUCAUGCCUAAUAUUUAAUAUUUGGAAAUAACACGUAACUAAUAUUUUGUGCGUAAUUCUUAAAUACUUCUUAAUUGCAUUAUAUCAAGCUACUAUAAGUGAAGUAAUCAAUUAUCUGUGACGAAACAUACCUACCUAUUUGAUUAUUUUUUAACAUGCAGUCUCAAUACAACAGUAAAAGUACAGCUGUGAAACGUCUGAUGAGAGAAGCAAAAGAGUUAUCGGAACCAACAGAUGAAUAUAGUGCACAUCCAUUAGAAGAUAAUUUAUUUGAAUGGCACUUUACCAUACGUGGUCCACAGGCAUCAGAGUAUGAUGGUGGUAUUUAUCAUGGUCGUAUAUUACUACCAACUGAAUAUCCAAUGAAGCCACCUAACAUAAUAUUAUUAACUCCUAAUGGUCGCUGGGAAACAAACAAAAAAAUCUGCUUAAGCAUUUCCAGCCAUCAUCCAGAAACUUGGCAACCGUCUUGGUCGAUAAGAACAGCUCUAUUGGCAUUGAUUGCAUUUAUGCCAACUAAUGGUCGAGGUUCAUUGGGAGCUCUUGAAUAUACGCCCGAAGAAAGAUCAAGUCUUGCUAAAAAGUCUCAUACUUGGGCUUGUGACAGUUGUGGUCAAAUAUCUGAUUUAUUAGCUAAUAAUAAAGCAAAACCAAUGACAAAAGAAGAAAGUGAACUGAUCAAUAGUGUUACAUUUAAAGGAGAAGAUUCAGAAAAAGUGACCAAACCUUCUGACCAACAAAAGCAGGAAGUGCAAUCAAAUGCAAUCAAUGAAGAACCAGUCAUCAAUAAUAUAACACCCAACUUUUUUAAGGAUGCAUUAUGCUCAGAUAUCGGAAUGUACCUUAUAUAUUUAAUUAUUGCACUCAUUAGUAUAUUAGUAGCAAGACGUUUCUAUAGUGCUUAAUUUUAUUCUCUUAAACAUUUAUUACUACAACAACUAUUAUUACUAUUACUAAAUUAUUUAAACACAACAUUUUACCAAAAAUAUAUAUAAUAUAAUACAAACAUUUUAUUAAUUAGUUAUAAAUAUAUUAGACCACUCUGCACUUUAGAUAUUUUGAUAAAUGUAGUUUUUAUAGAUUAAGAUUGUAGAAAACUAUAAAAAUGUUUAUUAAUAAAUAUCUAAGAUUUAACUUGA